UCAACUAUUCUGUUUUGUCUUCCAGGGUUUGGCAUGACCACCCCAGCCACUGUUGGAGGCAAAAUUUUUCUGAUCUUUUAUGGCCUUAUAGGAUGUGCAGGGACCAUUUUAUUCUUUAACCUGUUCCUGGAGCGGUUGAUCACGGUUAUAGCUUAUGUCAUGAAAUCCUGCCACGAAAGACAGCUGAGGAGGAAAGGGGUCCUUCCUCACGAUGGCCGGCGGGGCUCGGGGGGCUCCGAGGUGGACAGCUUGGCCGGCUGGAAGCCUUCUGUGUACUACGUCAUGCUCAUUUUGUGUGUAGCAUCGCUCAUCAUUUCCUGCUGUGCCUCUGCAAUGUACACGCCGAUUGAAGGGUGGAGUUACUUUGACUCACUUUACUUUUGCUUCGUGGCCUUCAGCACCAUUGGUUUCGGUGAUCUGGUCAGUAGCCAAAACGUCCAGUACGAGAGCCAAGGCCUGUACCGCUUCGGUAAUUUUGUCUUCAUACUCAUGGGGGUUUGCUGUAUCUAUUCCUUAUUUAACGUGAUCUCUAUUGUCAUCAAACAAUCCAUAAAUUGGAUAUUAAAGAAGCUGGACUGCAGGUGCUGCCAUAGAUGCCAAAGAAAAUUAUUUAGGUCACGGAGGAAUGUGGUAAUGCCGGGAAAUGUGCGCAGCCGGAGGAACAUCUCCAUCGAGACUGACGUUGUCAAUGAGAGCGACACAGAUGGGCGCCGGCUGUCAGGCGAGAUGAUCUCGAUGAAAGACUUCCUGGCCUCCAACAAAGUUUCACUCGCCAUCAUGCAGAAACAGCUGUCAGAAACUGCCAAUGGCUAUCCAAGGCAAAUGAGCUCUAAUUCAAAGCAAAAUGGAUUCUCUGGUGGAGUUGGAGCCCUAGCAAUUAUGAAUAACAGACUGGCAGAGACAAGUGUGGAUAGGUAAAACUAGCAGUAGUAACAAUGAAACCGCGAGAAGCAUAGACAUAACAUGCAGGAAGUGGAAAUAUCUAGGGACAGAGUGUCCCCAGAGUGGGAGAGUGACAUGGCCAGCAUACCUUCUGCUCGAAGAUCUCUCACUCUUUCUUUGGGCUGUCGGUUAAAAUCAUUGUUCUUUGAAUUGCACCAAUCUCAGCCUUCCUUCUUCCCCUUCCUUCUGUUCCUCAGACAGACCACUGCAGGCGAAAUUUCAUUUGGUCUUCAAAUCAAUUUUCCAUGCCCUGUUUUCCUCCGUUUAUGUGAAGUACAGGUUUCAGAAAUUGGUGGCAUUGGAAGAAUUCAAGAAAUCAAGAGUGUCUACUGAACACAUUCUUAAUUCAAACAUUGUUUUAAGCUUUCUGUCUUAUUCUCUUCAGACCUAUUUUCUGAAUGUAGCUUAUCUGAGACCAAAUGAGGAAUCAAUAUAAGCCUUUCUCUGUGAAAAUGCAGAUCUAGUUUAAUGGAAUAGCAAAACAAACUAUUUUCUUUUAAACCUCACAUGUUAAAAUGUAUUCCUAUAUUGUGAAACAGGUAUGCUUGAGAGGUCAAGUUCUGCUGCUGUUAAUGUUUAUAUAAAUCUGGAAUAAUUCUAUCAAAGUUGGUAGAACUACUCUGGAACUAUUGUGAUAUAAAUGAGAGGAGCAUUUGGCCCUUAGAAUUUAAUGUAGUCUUCCUGUUAAAAGGACACUGUCAAAAGUGAUAGAAUCAAAAUGUAUCCUCCUUUUGCUUUCUUCUAUCUGUUUUCAAAAUGCAUGUGAUUUUUCUUCUAGGCUAUUUUUUCCUCUAGAAUUGAAUCACUCCAGUUUUCUGUUUCGAAAAGAUCAAAUUAAAUUGAAAAUCACCAUACUGACAAUUUGUAUGAACAAUUCCACGAUAACGAUCGGAGACCUUGCCAAAUCUGUGUUCAUAUUAUGCUCAAUUGUGACUGAAGCAAUUGAGUAUCAGCAAUAUAUAACGCAACUAAUAACUGUGUUUACACAACAGGUUUUAUCAUGCAAUUAGAUUGCCAUGCCAACUUUCCAGUGUAUUAUUAUAAGCGACUAAGGCCACAAAAAUCACUUUGGCAAUGUCCUUUUUACCUUUCACGUAAUUCUGUUACUCUUCACAUCUUUUCUGGCAUUCAGUGAUGAUAAUGACAGGCUCUUGAUUAGGGAAAUAGAAAACGUAUAACUCCUCAUUUUUCUCAAUGAAAUGCUAUGAGUCUUCAUUGUGAAUAGAAAGGAGACUUCAAGGAGAACUGUAAUAGCAGUGAGAAGGAUAUGAAACCAGGAAACUAGAUGAUCUUUAAUGACAGUGAAAAGAUGCUUUAUAUUAGGUAGCUGGAGAAAUAAAGGAUUAAACUAAUAUAAAGUCCAGUAAGAAUUUACAGAAGUCUGAGCCAAAUUCCUGGUUCUCCUCUAAUCAUGCAGUGCAUUAAGGUUAAGCGGUAUUUGAGGGCAUAAAUAAGCAGAACUGGUCACAAAGGACCUGGUCCAAUCCCCCCUGAAGAGAAUAGCAAGUGAAUCAGGAUUAAAUGUUUUCUCACGUCUGAUAGCUAGAAAACCUUUUAGAAUACUACAGUUUUAGAGAAUGUAGAACACCAGUGUGCAGUUCUUCAUUUCUCUUAUAAGGAACAAUGCAGAUAGAUAGCAUCUUCAGUUUAAUUUUCUAUUAAGAAUAGAUUUCAUAUCCUUUUUUUCUUACUCCUGGCCAAAAGCUUUGGUAUUUAGGUUCCUAAUACUGGAAGAUAUAAUACCCAUUUUAAGCAAUAUUUGAAUUUAAAAAGAAAAAUGUAGCUCAUGGAAUCCUUUCAUAUAACAGAAUAAAACCUAUGUGUUAGAUUAAACGCCUCUAGUUAACUAGUGAAAAGAAUUGCAAGCUCUUCCUGACAUUUUACAGCUAAAAAGUCCUGAUUAAAACUCAAAUCCUGCUGACCUUACUUACAAGGACAGUUCAAGCUGAAGCCAUUAGUCCAGAUUCUGAUGUCUCUCAGCUGUGCAGCACCAAAAUAUCCCUGGGGGGUGAUCCCUCCAUAUUUGCGUCUAUGUAAAAUCAGAAUCAGCUCUCCAACCCUAACUUUGGUGAGUAAAGAAAGAAGUCUAUUUUGUUUCUGGUAUUCUUAAGUAUUAGAAAAAUUUGCCACUGAGAUACUUUAAAAGAUAUUAUAAUACCCAAGCUGCAUUACAUUGUUGUGCUUUUCUUUUUUUCUCUCAAUAACUUCAUUUCAUCCUUACUGAAUGUGAAAAUGCUUGGAUAUAAAAAAAGAAACUGCUCUGUAGCCGUUUUUCCGAAUUCAUUCAGCAGUGCUUCUGUUGACUACCUGUAACUUUAAGAUUUGACUGUAAUUGAAGUAAUCCUCACGUUGCCAACUAUCAGAAAUAGUCUAGGACUUGACCCUUUGUUUAAGCAGGGGUCUUAUCCUGGGCAGAAUAGCCGCAAUCUUGAAAAGUGAGGCUUACUUAGCCAUUUAUUCUAGUUAUUAAUUCUGAGUUACAAGUGACAGACUUUCCUGAGCAGUGAAGACCAGAGAAGUUAUUCAACAAUACUUCCUUUUCCACUGAAUGAGUAAGGCAAUGCAACAUUAUAAUCUUAAAUAAAUAACCAAAACAUGCAAGUUUCAUUAGUCUAUUUAUUAUGCAGCUCUGUGUCAUCAUUAAUGAAUGUUCUGGCUCCCAUCUAGAUUUUGCACCCAAAUCCUUCCAUACCUAAUUAGUCUUCAAAAUUUGGUUCUGGAAGUCCAAAUACAGCACAAAGGAGACAGUUGAAAUAAGAUUUGAGGUGACAAUCAUAGCAAAUAGGUGAGAAAGAAAAUAGAGAGAAAAACAUAUAUACACUGAUGGAAACUGAUAAAACAUUACAAUCUAUAAGGUCAGUCUGGACCAAAAGAAAUGAAUUUAUCGAGGUGUAUGAGAUUUUCUGUGUACACAAGCUCUGCCUUUGUUCCCUGGUCCUGACCUUAUGCUCUCCCAAGCACUGGCUUCUCCAUAACCUGAGCCUGCUUGGCGCAAGGCACUCUGCAGUGGUUUUGUGGUCUGAUUGCAUGUCCACUGAAGAUAAAGAGGGAAUAAAUGCACCAAUUUUGUCUAAUAAUCUCUGUUCAAAUUGGAAUUGCAGUUCCAGAAAUGAAGGGCCGGCACAUUUUGUGACUGUGCCCUCUUGCAUCAGGAGGUGAUACUGUCCCCCCAAACACCUCUGACUUGGUAAUCGGAGUCACAGAAUCACAGAAUCACAGAAUGGUUGAGGUUGGAAGGGACCU